AUGGAUAGAGAACAAGAUGAAUUACAAUUUCUUGGGAUUUUUGGCAUCUACAAAGAAGCCUACAAAAUUGUAUUUUCAUGGAGAAAAAUCUUCAGCCAAAUCACCUUAGCCUUGAUCCUCCCCUUGAGCUUCAUAUUCUUGGCGCACAUAGAACUCUCAAACAUCCUUCUCUCAAAGAUCAUCAGGAACGAAAUAGCCCUUGAUGGAACAAGCACCAACAAUCCAAGGUAUGAAAAAAUAUCAGAUGUCAUAUCCUCCGAGUGGGCAACCUUUUGGCUUUUCAAAGCUGCAUACUUCACCUUCUUGCUCAUCUUCAGCCUUCUCUCCACCUCUGCCGUUGUAUACACGAUCGCGUGUAUAUACACGGCGAAAGAAAUCACCUUCAAGAAGGUGAUGAGCGUCGUCCCAAAAGUGUGGAAGCGAGUCAUGGUCACGUUCCUGUGCACUUUCAUGGCUUUCUUUUGCUACAAUAUAGUGGCUUUCCUAGUCCUAAUUCUAUGGGUAGUUUCGAUGGGCAACAGUGAUGCCGGUGUUAUAAUUGGGUUUUUUCUACUCAUUGUUUACUUCAUAGGGUUUGUUUACCUAACCCUAAUCUGGCAACUGGCUAGCGUGGUCUCAGUUCUUGAAGAAGCAAGAGGGAUCAAAGCCAUGGCGAAGAGCAAGGCACUACUAAAAGGAAAUAUGUGGGUGGCUACAAUCAUAUUCUUUAAGCUCAACGUUUUGGCCGCCCUCCUACAAUUUGGGUUUCAACAACUAGUUGUGCGAGGAAGGUCAUUUGGUUUGGUGGACAGAGUAGCAUAUGGAGUUAUAUGCUUGUUGUUGCUUUUCAAGUUGAUUUUGUUUGGUCUUGUAAUCCAAACCGUGCUCUAUUUCGUUUGCAAGUCGUACCACCAUGAAAACAUCGACAAAUCGGCGUUAUCUGAUCACCUUGAGGUCUAUCUGGGAGAUUAUGUGCCUCUCAGAUCUAAGGAUGUUCAGCUUGAGCAAGUUUAA